CGGCAAUAUGUAGUAGAUAACGGUCGAUACACGAGUCCCACGAGAGUCAUACACGAGUAACUGCACCACCACACCACACACACAAACAAACCACACCAACCACACACAACAGAGGUGAGCGAGGAUGGGUAGGUUAGGUGAAUGGGUAGGGGGGUGGUGUGUGAGUGACGUACCGGUGAAGGCGUGUGUGGAUGCCCUGUCUGUGUCCCACACGCCGCUAGUGAGAAAACCAAACCACCCUGCACCACCACAAUACGCCCACGCAAAAGGAUAGAGGUGAGUGGUGGUAGGCAUGUCAUACAGUGUGUGUGUGAAUGACAUACCGCAUGUGUUGGGUGGUGCUCCACACUGACGGUACCCCAGACCAAACCAACAACACGAUACACAUGGACCUGAACCACCAGAGGCACACAGUAAGUGAGAGGCUGGAUGGGACGCAUCACAUGAGUAGGUGCGUACCAGCUAGACGUAGUCAGUGUGUCUCUGAUGUCCCGAUGUCACCCAUGACCGAUACGCACCACAUCACAACCUGCACGCGCCAUGAGAGGACACACAAGCCAGUAGUGGGUAAGAUCAUGGUCAGUGAGUAGGUGGGAUAGAGUUCCGUACCGAUAUGAGCAGCAUGACGACUGAACAGAGGCAGUCCAAUGCAUGCCAUCACUGACGAAUACCACAGGCACUCUGCAGCCAUGCCAACGUAGGAGAGCGAUGAGUGUCCGUGUAGGAGUAUACAUGUGGUGUGUAUACGUACCUGUAGCAUAGUGCAUGGCACCCAGGGCGAUGGUACGUCGUCAGGCAUGGUCAUG